AUGAGGGCUGCCAUCUCACUGCUGGUGUUGCUGCUCUCCAUGUGUGGAGUCCAGACUGAGAACACCCAGACUGAAGUCCAGACCGAGAGCCAGGACACUGGGACUGCUGCUGCUGCUGCUGCUGAAGUCUCUACCCAGCUGGACGUCUCUGCUGAGCUGAAGGAACUCAGAGACAUGGUGGUGGAGCUGAGGGUAAUGCUUAGAUACACCCAAGAGGAUGUUAAGGUACUGGAGGCUGAGGUUGAGGUACUAGAAUCAGAUAAUGUAGCAAUGAAACAAAGGCUGUCAGUCAGUGAGACAGAUAAUAUAGCAAUGAAACAAAGGCUUGCAGUCAGUGAGAGUAAGGUGGAGGCUCUGGAGGCUGAGAAUGUAGCAGUUCAACAACGGUUGGCAGCCAGUGAGACUGAAGUGGAGAAUCUGGAGAAAGAGAUCAGAGUAGCACCCAAGGUGGCCUUCUCAGCAGGUCUGACUGACUCUGGAAACAUAGGGUCCGGGAGUAAUGACCUGAACUUAGUGUUCAAGAAAGUCAUCACCAGUGUAGGAGAGGCCUACAGCAGCACAACUGGCUUCUUCACAGCUCCAGUCAGGGGGGUCUACUACUUCAGGUUCACUGUUUUGGAUUGGCUAUCCUCACGCUACAUGGAUAUCAAGAUGUAUAAGAAUGGACAGCAGCUCAUGUUUCUGUGGGAUUAUGACAAUGAUGGACAGGCCUCCUAUCUGUCCAGUGGCCUGACUCUGCAGCUGGAGAAGGGAGACUUAGUAAACAUGGUGCUGCCAGCAGGCCGCAGGCUCUAUGAUGAUCCUAAUAACUACUGCACCUUCAGUGGCUUCCUGCUCUUCCCUCUCUGAACGCCAGGUCACCACGAUCACUCACCAUUCAUUUUGGUGAUUAUUUGAUUGUAGAAUGAUAAAUAUAAAUCAUGAUCAUGAUGAAAUAAAUUCCUC